GGGACAUCUCCACGGACUACCCGUUUCGUCGGUACCUGGCUCCGUCUGGAUGUUAAUCGAAAGUCUGGAGAGAUUGUCUUUGAUAUGCUUGGCGACCUAUACUGCCUCCCUGCGGACGCACACUCAACUGACAACCUAAGUUCUGCUGAGAGUACUUGGGCACGUCCAGUCCUUCUUGGAAUACCCCACGAUUCGGAUCCUCACUUCUCGCCGGAAGGAGACAAGCUUGUCUUUCGGAGUGAUGCGGAACUUGGCGUCGAGAACAUAUGGGUUAUGGAAUGGACAGGCUGCGACAGCAUGAAUGUAAGGCCAUCGUAUAGCCAUGGCGAGCUGCAAGAAGCACUGUCUCUCAAAAAUAUCGAGGAAGACCUUCUGGCCAGUGGCAUUAAGGAAACCGCAGAAAGGAAGCAGCGCAGAUUGUUGCGUGAGGGACGUCUUGCAGCCCAGCGCGUGACGAACGAGACCUACCGCUGGGUAUCAGAUGCACGCUUCCAUCCUUCCGGAGACAGCGUCAUUGCAACGAAGUGGUAUACGUCCUCGCGCAGUCUCGGUGCAGGAGAAGGUUGGCGGUAUGUGAUUCCUGAGCUUGGUUCCAAACCGGAAAUCAAGGCGGGAGACGGCGAGCGUCUGGUGGGACGUACUCUUCCACCGGGCUGGGGGCCAGAACGUUACGGUGACCAGCAGAUUGGCCCUGAGCAGUUUAUCUGGAAGGGUAAUGACACUCUCAUCUAUUCCAAGAACGUGGCGGAUACCAACGGCGCUUUCACAUACAGUAAAGACGUACAUAAAGGCGUGUAUGCUAUCUUCUCCACCAAUCUGACAUCGAAACGCACGACUACACUCGUCGACGCUUACCCAGGGGGUGCUACACGACCAGAGCUCUCCCGGGACGAGCGCACCCUUGCAUUCGUGCGCCGAGUACGUGACAAGGAGGCGUUGGUGCUCAUGGACCUGAAAUCCGGCACAAUCAACCACGUGUGGGACGGGCUCACGUACGACCUCGGCGUCAUCUCCGCCCCCAUGGGCACCUACCCUUCCUUCGCCUUCUCUCCGAACGACGACGCUAUCAUCAUCUGGGCUGCUGGCCAAAUAUACCAUGUUCCACUCAGCGUGAACGCGCGGGGCGAGAAAGUGGCCGGCGGCGCGCCGCAGCCCAUUCGCUUCUUCGCGAAUAUUGAGAAGCGCCUCGCGGAGACCGUCAUGGCGCAAGUGGACCUGAGCGCGUUGGAGACGGCGGAGACGCAGCGCGUGCACGCGUUCACGGAGCUACGCGUGGACACGGAGGGCACACGAGCCGUGUUCCAGGCAGCAGGUGCGACGUACGUGCAAGACGUAGGCAGGGACGCUCCGCAAGCGCAACCUGUACCGGUGCUCGACCCCUCUGCGCCGUACUACUCGCCGGCAUUCGUCGUCAACGCAGAAGAGUUCGUUAUACAUGCGCGAUGGUCGGACGUGAACUUCACGACGAUUGAGCUCGCCAACCUGACGUCCGGUGAGGCGUUUGAGUUGACCGGGCUCCCGCUUGGGCGGUACUAUUCCCCAAUUCUAUGCGAGUGCUUAGGCGCACAGAGACAGCUUGCGUUCAUCAAGACUGGCGGAGACUACUUGACCGGAGAUGUUGUCGCCACCGCCGGCGCAGGGCUCUACCUCGCUUCAAUCACACUGCCAUCGCCUGGACAGCACAGCACAGAGAUUGCCGUCAAGAAUGUGCACUUGGUGCGCACGGAGAUCGACACAGACGACCUGCUGAAGACGCAAGUCCGCUUCCUGGAACGCAACACGAAGCUGCUCGUACAAUCGCCUCGGCGCGCGUUCGUGAUCGAUCUUGCCGCUGGUCCAGACGAGAUGGGUGACUACAAGCACGAGACGCUCGCGACUGGACGAAUGUCUACUGAGCUGGUGGUAGUGCCUGAACUUGCGAAGACUGUUCAUGCAAAGUCGCUUGCGUUCAUCGAUUUCUACCAUGUGUACUAUGUCUCAGCCGUGUCCAGCGAUGAAGCGGUGUGGAGCAAGCCUGGCAAUGCUACCAAGGGCCUUGUGCGCUUGAGUGUAGACGGUGGCCAUGAUGUGACGUUUAGUCGUGAUGGCAAAAGGCUCUUCUGGUUCCUUGGUGCUUACUUGCAUUAUGUCGACCUCGAUAAACUCGGGGCUUGUGCCGGUGCUGCUGAAGAAGACGCAGAUACUUUCGGCAUCUCGUGCACUCAGCGUGUCCCGAACUACCAGGAGGUCAUAGUUGAGUAUACCUCUGACGUUGAGCGUCUCAAGAAGGAGGCGGCUGCAGCGCAUGCCAUGAGCUCUGACGAAGAAGCUCGAGCAAGUGCUGACUUCUUCGUCAUUGCCAAUGCUACUUUGUUGACGAUGGAGACCGGCGACCUCCGCUAUGAUGUUUUCGAUGAUGCAAUAUUAGUCAUUCAAGGCGGUGAGAUUGAGGCCAUUGUCGGCUCACAGGAUGCUGUGAUCCCACGUGGCGCGACUGUUCUCGAUGCUGAAGGAGGGUACAUUGUGCCGGGCUUUAUCGACGUUCAUGCUCACUGGAAUGGCUUUGACACGCUUUACCCGGCGCGUUCGUGGGAGAUGGAGACAUUCCUCGCCUACGGCGUCACUACGCUGCACAAUCCAAGCGCAGACAACGUGUUAGGGUUUACCGAGAGGUUCCGCCUAGAGCGCGGUCAGCUCGUCGGCCCACGCAUCUUCCAAGUUGGUGGCGUUAUUUACGGGGCGGCGUCACCAUCAUUGCACCAGGACAUCAUCGAUAUGCAGGAGGCACGCUCUGCACUGAUUAGGAUCAAGGCGGAGGGAGGUCCCGCUAGCUUCUCGUACAAGAAUUACAACCUUCCUUCACGUGCAUCCCGACAGAGGCUGCUCACAGUAGCGAGGGAACUCAACAUGCUCUGUGUUCCCGAGGGUGGUAUGAACUACGAAUGGGACCUGACGUACAUCAUCGACGGAAUGACAACCAUCGAACACCCCUUACCCAUUCCUGUGUUGUACGACGACGUCCUCACCUUGUACGCACUCAGCGGUACUGGCUCCACCCCUACCCAUAUUGUCAACUAUGGCGGUGUCAUGGGCGAGCAAUUUAUUUGGGCGUCCGAAGACAUCCCCAACGAUCCCAAGCUGAGACGUUUCACGCGUCAUGACAUCCUCGAGGGACUAUCCGAAUCCACAGCAAGGCCGAAGACAUCAUACGCGUUGUUCAACACGUCGGCGUCGACCGCCAAGAUGGUGCGCAAGGGCUUGCGCGCACACAUCGGCGCACACGGCGAGCCGCCUAUCGGGCUCAACUACCACUCGGAGAUGUUCUUCACACAACAAGGUGGCUUGACGAACUACGAGGUUAUCCGCGCAGCAACCUCCGACGCUGCCAUUACACUAGGUAUCGACAGUUCCGUCGGCUCACUCACCCCGGGCAAGUUGGCGGACUUUGUCGUGUAUCCGCCUGGCGUGGACUUGCUUGACGGAGACAUCAGAAGCACCCGGGACAUCCGUUACGUCGCGAGAGGCGGUCGGCUCUGGGACGCACAGACGAUGGAGGAAGUGUGGCCGGUGAAAGGGAGGCGGGGAACAAUGACCCCACUGAACCCUGAGUGAAAAUUGCCAUCACAAUGGCUCUAGUUGGAAGGUGGUCAUGUGUAUUUUGGAUGGAUUGCCCGGUCGUAUCUGGUUUGUAUGCUCAAUGUACUAACCUGGAUGGGUAUGUGAAGUGAAAUUCUAGGCCGUGAAGUACUGAGCCCCUUGAAGUUCGGGGAUC